AUGUCUGUUCUACCCGCAGAGGUCCACACGGCGCUGGCCACCCUGCUACAGGGCCUCCAGUCGCCCGACAACGUCCAGCGCACCGCAGCAGAGCAGCAGCUGAAUGAAGAAUGGGUUGCCCAGAGGCCCGAAGUGCUCUUGAUGGGUCUCUCUGAGCAGAUUGAGCUGGCCCAGGAUACAUCGACACGAACCUUUGCCGCCGUCAUCUUCAGGCGACAGUCAUCCAAGCCUCGAAAGGCACCUUCAGGCCAGACCGCCGACCUGUUCCUGACCCUCAAUCCCGCUGAGCGAGAGGCCAUACGCGCCAAGCUGCUCCAAUGCCUGGCCAACGAAACCGACACCUCGGUACGGACAAAGGUGGGAGAUGCCGUAGCAGAGCUCGCCCGCCAGCACACCGACGAAGGUGUCGCAUGGCCGGAACUGCUAGGCGCCUUGUUCCAGGCCAGCCAGUCGCAAGACCCCGCACAGCGCGAGAACGCCUUUAGGAUAUUCUCAACCACCCCGCAGAUCAUCGAGAAGCAGCAUGAAGAUGUGGUCAUGACUGCCUUCAAGGGUGGAUUUGCCGACAGCGAGUCGUCGGUUCGCAUUGCUUCUGUUGAGGCGUUCGCCUCUUUCUUCCGCUCCAUCACCAAGAAGGCGCAGUCCAAGUACUACUCACUCAUUGGCGAGAUUCUCAACAUCCUACCACCGAUUAAAGAUUCCGGCGAUGCAGACCUGCUCACAAAGGCUCUCAUCUCUCUUAUCGAUCUGGCCGAAGUGGCGCCAAAAAUGUUCAAGCCGCUGUUUAACAGCCUUGUGCAGUUCAGCAUCUCGGUAAUCCAGGACAAGGACCUCGGAGAGACCGCUCGCCAGAAUGCGCUGGAGCUCAUGGCUACAUUCGCCGACAAUGCUCCAGUUAUGUGCAAAAAGGAUCCAAAUUUCACAAACGACAUGGUCACUCAAUGUCUGUCUUUGAUGACCGAUGUCGGCGCUGACGAUGACGAUGCGGAGGAAUGGAAUGUUUCAGAAGAUUUGGAUGAAGAGAGCGACUCGAACCAUGUCGCUGGUGAGCAAUGCAUGGAUCGUUUGGCCAACAAGCUUGGUGGACAGGCUAUUUUGCCCCCAACCUUCAAUUGGCUCCCCCGUAUGAUGACUUCCUCGGCUUGGCGCGACAGGCAUGCUGCUCUCAUGGCCAUCUCAGCUAUUUCCGAAGGCUGCCGCGAGUUGAUGGUUGGAGAGCUCGACAAGGUCCUUGAUCUCGUACUUCCUGCGCUUCGGGACCCCCAUCCCCGUGUUCGAUGGGCCGCCUGUAACGCUGUCGGUCAAAUGUCAACCGAUUUUGCGGGAACCAUGCAGGAGAAGUACCACCAGGUUGUCUUGCCAAACAUCAUCCCCGUUUUGGAAUCCGCAGAACCUCGCGUACAGGCACAUGCAGCUGCUGCUCUGGUCAACUUUUGCGAGGAGGCUGAGAAGAACAUUCUUGAGCCAUAUCUGGAUCAGCUACUGAACCACCUGUUGAUGCUUCUGCAAAGCCCCAAGCGUUUCGUCCAGGAGCAGGCUUUGUCUACCAUUGCCACUGUUGCUGAUUCUGCUGAGGCCGCCUUUUCCAAAUACUACGACACUCUAAUGCCGCUAUUGUUCAACGUAUUGCAAGAAGAGCAGUCCAAGGAGUACCGUCUACUCCGCGCAAAGGCUAUGGAGUGCGCCACCCUCAUUGCUCUUGCUGUUGGCAAGGAUCGGAUGGGCCAAGAUGCGCUCAACCUCGUCCAGCUCCUUGGACGUAUCCAGAACAGCGUUUCCGAGCCUGACGACCCGCAGGCGUCGUAUCUGCUUCACUGCUGGGGACGUAUGUGCCGUGUCCUUGGUCGCGAAUUCGUACCUUUCCUCGCCGGCGUCAUUCCACCACUCACUGAGCUGGCCGGUGCCAAGGCCGACAUCCAGUUGCUUGAUGACGAAGAUCAGGUUGCCCAGAUCCAGGACGAGGAAGGCUGGGAACUCGUGCCACUCAAGGGCAAGGUCAUUGGUAUCAAGACGAGCAUUCUUGAUGACAAGCACAUGGCUAUUGAGCUAAUUGUCAUCUAUGCCCAGGUUCUGGAAGACGCUUUCGAGCCAUAUGUUAACGACAUCAUGGAGAAGAUCGCCCUGCCAGGUUUGGCCUUUUUCUUCCACGACCCUGUUCGAGUCGCCUCGGCCAAGUGUGUGCCCACUCUGCUUAAUGCAUACAAGAAGGCCCACGGCCCUGAGUCCCCACAAUUGGGCGACCUCUGGAAACGUACAGUGGAGCGCGUGCUCGAAGUCUUGAGCACUGAGCCCGCUAUUGAUACUCUGGCCGAGAUGUACCAGUGCUUCUACGAAUGCCUCGAGUGCAUUGGCCGAAACUGCUUGACCGACGCACACAUGACAACUUUCAUCGAGUCCGCUAGGAGUGUGCUUGAAGACUACAACGUGCGCGUCAAGGAACGUCUCGAAGAGCAAGCCGAGAACGAGGACGGAGAGGAAGCGUCUGAAGACAUUCUCUUUGCCAUUGAAGAUGACCAGAACCUGCUUUCCGACAUGAACAAGGCAUUCCACAGCAUUUUCAAGACCAUGGGCACCGCUUUCCUCCCACAUUGGGCUGUGUUGAUUGAGUACUAUAGUAUGGCAGCCGUCAACCAGGACCCAACUCAGCGCCAGUGGGCUAUUUGCAUAUACGACGAUGUGCUUGAAUUCUGUGGCCCAGAGUCCUGGCAAUACAAAGACCAGAUCAUGCAGCCACUCAUUGAUGGCAUGCAGGACGACGUGCCAGCCAACCGUCAGGCAGCAGUAUAUGGUGUGGGUGUUGCCGCUCACAAAGGUGGUGAGAACUGGUCGGAGUUUGUCGCUGCAUCGCUGCCGACACUCUUCAAUGUCACCCAGCGACCAAACGCCCGCACUGAUGACGACAUUUUCGCAACCGAGAAUGCUUCAGCUGCGAUAGCUAAGAUCUUGCACUACAACGCGAGCAAGGUCCAGAACUGGGACAAUGUUGCUGCGGCCUGGAUAGAUACGCUACCAAUCACCAACGACGAGGAGGCUGCACCAUACGCGUACGCUUUCUUGGUGCAGUUGAUUGAGCAGCAAAACCAGGCUGUCUUUUCUCAACCUGCUAAGAUCUUCAACUAUGUGGUCCACGCCCUUGAAGCCGAGACUCUACAGGGACAGACUGCCAACCGCAUAGUCGCCUCCGUCAAAGCUCUGGUUCAAGCCACAAGUACCGACCUGGCUCAAGCUGCCGCGUCUUUGACCCCAGAUCAACAGCGCACAGCGCAGGCGUACUUUAGCUAA